UCAUUGUCUGGAGAAAAAAUAGUUUCCGCCUACUCCCUUGAAGCCAAAAUGGUCGACUACGCGGCCCCAGUGGUCGAGGCAGGUCUCGCGAUCCUUGAUGUAUUGAAGCGCGUCCUCACGGGAGGUCUGCCUGAGCGCGUUCUCGACGCUGAGUUCCUCGUCGUAGAGGCACGCCUCGCCGGUCGACCCGUGUGAGUCCAUGCCCGUGAUCUUCACCCCGACGAAGGCGACGGUCGUCUCGCCAUGCCGAUGGCCAUGCACGAUGACGUUUCUGAAGCGGAAGCAGGGCAGGGAGGCCGGGAACGCGGUCGGUGCUGUGGGCCGGAAGUUGUCCAGCCGCCCCCAGUCCUGCAGGUAGUCGAUGGUGAGGUAGUCGCCUAUGUCGAUGGGCUGUGUGGCAAGUGCCAUGAAUUUGUCGUCGGCAGGGCCGUGGUAGCCGAUGGCCUCCUCAUGUCGGGGCGGCUUUCCGAAUGGCAGGGUAUGGCGCAUGGCGAAGGUGGUGAAUGAGGGGUACAGCCCGAUGCCCAUGCCCAUGCCCGCCCGGAUGACAGGGUCGCUUGUCGAAUACGAGGCCUGAUGAGGUGUAAGUGAGGAUGGAUACGGACAGAAAGGAGAAUACUUGAGAAACGCACCUUGUAGGGAUGGUCGUCGGGUAAGUCGCCGUAGGGGACGAUGCGGAAUGCCUCCUCGCCCAGCCGAUACCGAUCGUGUUGGGUGCCUGCCUCGUGGUCGAGGCUGUCCUCCGAGCCGGCCUCCGACUCGGUCUCCUCACCUUCGUCGACGCCGUCAUGCUCACGCUCCUCCUGGGCUGGCAGACAGAGAGGGAAGGAGAACAGAGAAAUGUGCUCUCCCAUCGUGUGGCUGGGGGUUGUCUUAACACCUUUUGUCCUGAGCAUCGCCCGGCGGUCCCUCAGCCUUGUUCUAGUGAAUGGGCACACAGGCAUACCCACGCAAAGGGGGAUGGGCGUGUGUGCAGCGUUGUGUUGGGUUGUGUUGUGUUUGGUGUGUGUGUACCACUGCGACGGGUCGAGUUGGAUGACCUUAAGGAUGUCCCUGAAUGCCAGCCGCCACUUGUCCUGCGACUCGUACGCAGUGCAGCGGCGGUGGUAGGCCUACACACACACCACAGACAUGAAGGCCUGAAUGCAGCGUACCGUAUGUCGUGAUCGCUCUAGUCACCUUGACGUAUUGCUGGUCGUGCUUGAUGCUCUUGGUGCAGUCCUUGAUCGCUUCGUCAUAGUGGCCCUGCUGCAUGUGACACGCACCCCUGACCGACACACAAGACGACAGAGAACACACAGUCUGCGGCGCCCUUCUCCUCCCUCCCUCCUUGCACACACACCUGUUGGCGAGAAUGAUGGCUUUGAGGCCUUGCUGGUCCCGAGGACACACACGGACCGCCUCUGCCCAACGGACACACACCCACACCCCAUACACAUGUCGUGGUUCCCACCCCACCCACGCACCCACGCCCUCACCUGAGUAGAGCUUGAUGGCAUCGUCGUAUCGCCCCUCACGAUAGUGCACGUUCCCCGCCUCCUUGAGCCGCUCGCACGCCGCCUUGUCCAUCAACACCAGGGCCUUCGGGUGGCCACGCCUGGUCAGCAGCUGCCCGAAUGUCUUGUAGAUGCCGAUGGCUAGCGGCAGCUGUCUGAAGGCCGUUGUGCUGGGGAUGGUGUCCAUGAUGCCCUGAGGCGGCAGCCGUAUCGGCAGCUGCUCCACCACCUCGAAGUUCUUGGCCACCCGGGCGUGAAGUGCCAUCGACGGCCACACGGCCGCGCCCUCCUCAAACACCCAGGCGCAGCGGGAGAGGUAGCCGAAGUAGGUGAGCCCAUCGGGCAUCACCACAUCAGCAGGUGCAUCUGUCGGGGCGCUCGUCGGGGCGGCUCCAUCUGCCUCGUCAUCCUGGUUGCUGUCCUCAUCUUGAUGCUGCCGCUGGACGUCGAAGAGUCCGUCGAGGCCGUGGCGGGUCAGGGAGCCCUCGAUGCGGCGGAGCAUCACCGUGCUGUUGAUGAGAGAUCCCUCAGUGCCGGAGAUGCAUCUGACGGGGAGCAUGUCAUGGAUGGUGCCGAAGCGGCUGCUCCGCCACAGAUCCAGGGGCACCUGAUGCGACAU